AUGUCACCCCUUGUUAAAGAAAUGCGAGAACUUCGUUGUAUAUUUGACGAACAAAUAUCAAAAAGGGAAAUUUAUCAGGCACCUAUUGCCAAUACACCCCCCUAUACACAAUAUCGAGUAGAGCUUGCAGAACGCACUAAAACUUCAGAGCAAAACGCAGAAAUAAAAAUGCAACUAAGCUCUGAAGUAAAAGAGUUGAGACAAAACAUCCUAGAAAUGUCACAAAAUGUACAAGGAUUAAUGACCUGCCACUCCAACUCUUCAUUGCCCUCAGUUCAAGCCAGCAUUGAAGAACUACGGAAAGACACAAAAGAACUCAAGGACACAACAGUGGAUUCUGAGGCUCCCAUUCGAGUGGCAAUAGAGGGCCUCAGGAAAGAACUCAAAAUUAUGUCACAGAUAGAAGAAACAGAACAGAUAAGCUCACGAAAUUUGAAGACUGAAAUUAAAGACAAAAUUGCAGAAGCUGCAGAAAAACUUUACAGAUUGACCAAGGGAGCUGAAGAAGUAAAGGAAAAUACGAUAGAAAACGAUACAGCAAACUUGGUAAGAAAACAGGAUAUUGAGUUAGAGUUACUUCAGAAAAUGGAAGAACAUAGUAAACUACUCACAGAGUGCAGGAUAGAGACUCAACGCAUAAGUGAAGAAGUGAAAAGUCAUAGGGAUGAACUUAUCACCUAUUAUAACCAAGUGUAG